ACCUGUUGGCGUGUUCCACCGAUCGCAUCCCCAGGUCGACCGAUCCGCCAAUACAUUACAAAUUUCACAUCCAAAAUUCACCCACCACCCCACAAAUCUCCCCACCCCCCCACCAAUCGCCGUAAAUAAAAAAAAAAGAAAGAAAAAAAAAAAGUGAUAACCCGAUAUCGAAAGAGAUCGCAUUGAACUCUCACAUUAUAUUCUACAUGUCCACGUCGUCAAGUUCAUGCCCCCGGAAUGACUCGGUACGGAGAAUUAAAGUGAAAAUCGUUAUUCAGUGAGAGAAAUCGGUUAAUACGUGGGUUAUCAAUGAUUUUAAUGGUGAUUUGAACAAGUGGAUAUCGAUAGUGAACAAUUAUUUAUUAAUUAUAUCGAGGAAUACAGUCCACAAGGUGGCGGGCCGGUGCGCACGUCGAACGAGACUCGAGAGAUGGUCAUCGUAACCCGGGGUGAUUAUAUAUGGAUCGAACCAAUAUCGGGACGGGAAUUCGAUGUCGCCAUAGGUGCGAGAGUCAUUUCCGCUGAGGGACGAAGAAUUCAAGUGAAAGACGACGAUAACAACGAACAAUGGUUGACGCCAGAGCGAAGGAUAAAGGCGAUGCACGCCACCUCGGUCCAGGGUGUCGAGGACAUGAUAAGCCUUGGAGACCUCCACGAGGCUGGAAUAUUGAGAAAUCUCCUGAUAAGAUACAACGAGAAUCUCAUCUACACCUACACCGGCUCAAUUCUAGUCGCCGUUAAUCCUUACCAAAUUCUACCAAUUUACACUGCCGAGCAGAUUAAAUUAUACAAGGACAGAAAAAUUGGUGAAUUACCCCCCCACAUAUUCGCCAUUGGUGAUAACAGUUACGCCCAUAUGAAUCGUUAUGGGCAGGAUCAAUGUAUCGUCAUCAGUGGUGAGAGUGGUGCAGGAAAAACGGAAAGCACAAAAUUAAUUCUCCAAUACCUAGCAGCAAUAAGUGGUAAACACUCAUGGAUCGAGCAACAAAUCCUCGAAGCAAAUCCAAUUCUUGAGGCAUUCGGUAACGCAAAAACAGUGCGCAACGACAAUUCCUCUCGUUUCGGAAAAUACAUAGACAUUCAUUUCAACGAUCAAGGUGUAAUCGAGGGUGCAAAAAUCGAGCAGUACCUCCUAGAAAAAUCCCGAAUAGUAUCCCAAAACGCCGAUGAGAGAAAUUAUCACAUAUUCUACUGCAUGCUAGCAGGUCUAUCCCAGGAUGAAAAAAAUAAAUUGGAGUUAGAAGACGCAUCCCACUACAAGUACCUGACAGGUGGUGGAAGUAUAACAUGCGAGGGCCGAGACGACGCAGCUGAAUUCGCCGACAUAAGAUCAGCAAUGAAGGUCCUCCUAUUCACCGAUCCCGAAAUCUGGGAGGUGCUGAGGCUGCUGGCAGCCCUCCUCCACAUGGGAAACAUCAAAUACCGAGCAACCGUUGUCGAUAAUCUAGACGCAACAGAAAUAUCCGAGCACACAGCAGUCCAACGAGUAGCACAUCUCCUAGGUGUACCAGUCCAGUCCCUAGUUGACGCCCUAACGCGAAGAACAAUAUUUGCCCACGGUGAAACAGUGGUAUCCACCCUCUCCAGAGAUCAAUCAGUGGACAUCAGAGAUGCCUUUGUAAAGGGAAUCUACGGCAGACUCUUCGUUCACAUCGUUAAACGGAUAAACGAAGCCAUAUUCCGUCCAAAGCACAAAUCAAGAAGUGCCAUUGGUGUUCUCGACAUCUUCGGCUUCGAGAACUUCAAUCACAACAGCUUCGAGCAAUUCUGCAUAAACUACGCUAACGAAAAUCUCCAGCAAUUUUUUGUCCAGCACAUAUUCAAAUUGGAGCAAGAAGAGUAUAAUCACGAGGGUAUCAACUGGCAGCACAUAGAAUUCGUUGACAAUCAGGAUGCCCUCGACCUAAUAGCCAUAAAGCAGCUCAACAUAAUGGCACUGAUAGACGAGGAAUCAAAAUUUCCAAAGGGAACUGACCAAACAAUGCUAGCAAAAAUCCACAAAACCCACGGCACUCACAGAAAUUAUCUCAAGCCAAAAUCCGACAUCAACACAUCAUUUGGAUUAAAUCAUUUCGCUGGUGUUGUAUUCUACGACACAAGAAGCUUCUUGGAGAAGAAUCGAGACACAUUUAGCGCCGAUCUCCUCCAAUUAAUUCACAUAUCAUCAAAUAAAUUUCUGCAGACGUGCUUCGUCGAGGACAUUGGCAUGGGCUCGGAGACAAGAAAACGCGCCCCCACCCUCUCCACCCAAUUCAAAAAAUCCCUCGAUUCCCUGAUGAGAACUCUAUGCAACUGUCAGCCCUUCUUCAUCAGAUGCAUCAAGCCAAAUGAGUACAAGAAACCAAUGAUGUUCGAUCGUGGCCUAUGCUGCAGACAACUGAGAUACUCAGGAAUGAUGGAGACAAUAAGAAUACGCAGAGCUGGCUAUCCAAUUCGUCAUGCAUUCGGUGAAUUCGUUGAGAGAUAUAGAUUUUUAAUAUCAGGAAUACCACCAGCUCACAAGACAGAUUGUCGAGGUGCAACAGCCAGAAUAUGUCAUCAUAUACUGGGUAGAUCUGAUUAUCAACUCGGUCACACCAAAGUCUUCCUCAAGGACGCCCACGAUUUAUUCCUAGAACAGGAGCGUGAUCGUGUACUAACACGAAAAAUUCUCAUCCUCCAGAGAAACAUCAGGGGUUGGGUAUACAGAAGACGAUUCCUGAGAAUGAGAUCAGCAGCCAUUGUUGUUCAGAAAUUUUGGCGAGGCUACGCCCAGAGAGAGAGAUACAAACGAAUGAGAAGUGGAUACAUGAGGCUUCAGGCCCUCGUAAGAUCCCGAGUAUUAUCCCACAGAUUCAGGCAUCUCCGUGGUCACAUUGUGGCACUUCAGGCACGCGCACGUGGACACCUAGUCCGACGAAUGUACAGAAAAAAAAUGUGGGCAAUAGUGAAAAUACAAGCGAAUGUAAGAAGAAUGAUAGCCCAGAGGCGUUACAAGAAGAUAAAAUACGAGUAUCGAUUGCACAUCGAGGCACUAAGAUUGAGAAAAAUUGAGGAGAGAGAGCUCAAGGAUCAGGGGAACAAACGAGCUAAAGAGAUUGCCGAGCAGAAUUACAGGGAUAGAAUGGAUGAGCUCGAGAGAAAAGAGAUUGAAAUGGAGCUUGAGGACAGACGACGUAUGGAGAUAAAAAAAAAUUUGAUAAAUGACGCUGCUAAAAAGCAAGAUGAACCAGUCGAUGACAGUAAACUCGUCGAGGCAAUGUUUGAUUUUUUACCAGACUCAAGCAGCGAAGCACCAACACCAGCACGUGAGACAUCAGUAUUCAACGAUUUACCAGCGCCAAAAGCUGAUCAGCAUGAGAUAAUAAGUCCAGUGCAAACAGCCUCCGAAGAUGAGGAGGAUCUAUCUGAAUUUAAAUUCAAUAAAUUUGCAGCGACCUAUUUCCAAGGAAAUAUCAAUCACCUUUACUCGAGAAAACCCCUCAAGCAUCCACUAUUACCCCUCCACACACAGGGAGAUCAGCUAGCAGCUCAAGCUCUCUGGAUAACAAUUCUGAGAUUCACUGGUGAUUUACCAGAGCCAAGAUACCACACGAUGAAUCGUGACACAACAUCCGUUAUGUCCAAAGUAACAGCAACACUUGGUAGAAAUUUUAUAAGAAGCAAGGAGUUUCAAGAGGCCCAAAUGAUGGGAAUGGAUCCAGACACAUUCAAGCAAAAACCAAGAUCAAUAAGACACAAACUCGUCUCCCUGACACUGAAGAGAAAAAAUAAAUUAGGCGAGGAUGUGAGAAGACGUCUCCAAGACGACGAGUACACAGCUGACAGCUAUCAAUCCUGGCUCGAGUCACGUCCAACAUCAAAUCUCGAGAAGCUUCACUUCAUAAUCGGCCAUGGAAUCCUAAGAGCGGAGCUACGAGACGAGAUCUACUGCCAGAUUUGCAAACAGCUCACCAACAAUCUAUCAAAAUCAUCCCACGCAAGAGGCUGGAUUCUCCUAUCCCUCUGCGUCGGUUGUUUCGCACCAUCCGAAAAAUUUGUCAAUUACCUCCGAGCAUUUAUCCGUGAAGGACCACCAGGAUAUGCCCCCUACUGCGAGGACCGUCUAAAAAGAACAUUCAACAACGGUACAAGAAAUCAACCACCAAGCUGGCUCGAGCUACAAGCAACAAAAUCCAAAAAACCCAUAAUGCUACCGAUAACAUUUAUGGAUGGCAACACCAAAACCCUCCUAGCUGAUUCAGCUACAACAGCAAGAGAACUAUGCAAUCAGCUAUCCGAAAAAAUAUCCCUCCGCGAUCAAUUCGGUUUCUCCCUGUACAUUGCUCUAUUCGACAAAGUAUCAUCCCUUGGAAGUGGUGGUGAUCACGUAAUGGAUGCGAUAUCCCAGUGCGAGCAGUAUGCCAAGGAGCAGGGUGCCCAGGAGAGAAACGCCCCAUGGAGAUUAUUCUUCAGAAAAGAGAUAUUUGCCCCCUGGCACGAACCCACCGAGGAUCAAGUCGCCACCAAUUUAAUCUAUCAACAAGUUGUACGAGGCGUUAAAUUUGGUGAAUAUAGGUGUGACAAGGAGGAGGAUCUAGCCAUGAUAGCAGCCCAACAGUACUAUAUUGAGUAUCACAUCGAUAUGAAUGUAGACAGAUUAUUUGCACUUCUGCCAAAUUACAUUCCCGAUUACUGCUUAACUGGUAUUGACAAGGCAAUUGAGAGAUGGGGUCAUCUGGUACUCCAGGCAUUCAAAAAGAGUUAUUACGUCAAGGAGAAGGUGCCAGCACUGCGGGUCAAAGAGGAUAUCGUUGGUUACGCUAAAUUCAAAUGGCCCCUGCUAUUCUCACGUUUCUACGAGGCAUACAGAAAUUCCGGUCCAAAUUUACCCAAGAAUGAUGUAAUAAUAGCUGUCAAUUGGACAGGUGUCUACGUCGUUGAUGAUCAGGAGCAAGUGCUCCUUGAGCUAUCAUUUCCCGAGAUAACAACAGUGUCUAGUCAAAAAACAACGAAAAUGUUUACCCAGACAUUCAGUCUGUCGACAGUUAGAGGUGAAGAGUUUACAUUUCAGAGUCCCAAUGCAGAGGAUAUUCGUGACUUAGUCGUCUAUUUCCUAGAGGGACUGAAGAAGAGAAGUAAAUACGUGAUAGCUCUCCAGGAUUACAAACCACCCGGAGAAGGUGCCUGUUCAUUUCUCAAUUUUUCCAAAGGUGAUCUCAUUGUUCUCGACGAGGAGAGCACCGGUGAGACUGUUAUCAACUCAGGAUGGUGCAUCGGUACCUGCGAGAGAACCGGUGACAAAGGUGAUUUUCCAGCUGAAACAGUCUACGUACUCCCAUCAUUAUCAAAACCACCAACCGACAUUCUAUCCCUCUUCAGCAUCGAGGGAAGUGAAAAUGGUAGAAGAUUAUAUCCACAACAAAUAAAUGGAGUUGAAUCGAGAGACAAACCCCACACCCUCCUGGAGUACGCAAUUGAUCACUUCAGAACACCACCAAAGAGAACAAUGUCAAAGGCCCUGACACUGACAGCAGCCCGAAGAGGACACAACGACGAGCUAUGGAGGCACUCAAGGGAGCCAAUAAAACAACCACUCCUAAAAAAACUAGUGUCCAAAGAGGAAUUGGCCGAGGAAGCCUGUUUUGCAUUCAAUGCCAUCCUCAAAUACAUGGGUGAUCUUCCAACAAAGAGACCAAGAAUUGGUAACGAGUACACAGAUCUAAUCUUCGACGGUCCACUCAAAAAUGAAAUACUGAGGGACGAGAUUUACUGUCAAAUAAUGAAACAACUCACUGACAACAGAAAUAGAUUGAGCGAGGAGAGAGGCUGGGAGCUAAUGUGGCUUGCAACAGGCCUCUUCGUGUGCAGUCAGAGUUUACUCAAAGAGUUGACCCUAUUCUUGAGAACGAGGAGGCACCCCAUCAGUCAGGAUUCACUCCAGAGACUCCAGAAAACCCUGAGAAAUGGACAGAGAAAAUAUCCACCACAUCAGGUUGAGGUAGAAGCCAUUCAGCACAAGACAACACAAAUAUUUCAUAAAGUUUAUUUUCCUGAUGACACCGAUGAGGCAUUCGAGGUCGACUCAUCAACUAAAGCCAAGGAUUUCUGUCAGAAUAUAUCACAAAGGCUCAACCUCAGAUCUGCUGAGGGCUUCAGUCUAUUCGUCAAAAUAGCAGACAAAGUAAUAUCUGUACCAGAGGGUGAUUUUUUCUUUGAUUUUGUCAGACAUCUCACUGAUUGGAUCAGAAAAACUAGACCAUCUAGAGACGGUGUUGUUCCACAAUUUACAUAUCAAGUUUUUUUCAUGAAAAAACUCUGGACUAAUACUGUUCCUGGAAAAGAUCGAAAUGCUGAUCUCAUAUUUCACUUUCAUCAGGAGCUACCAAAAUUAUUGAGAGGAUAUCACAAGUGCACGAAGGAAGAAGCUUCCAGACUAGCUGCCCUGGUCUACAGAGUUAGAUUUGGAGAGAGUAAACAAGAGCUACAAGCAAUACCACAAAUGCUGAGAGAAUUGAUACCUGGAGAUCUAGUGAAGGUACAAAGCUCCAACGACUGGAAACGAUCGAUAAUUGCUGCUUAUAAUCAAGACGCAGGAAUGAGUCCUGAGGACGCAAAAAUCACUUUUCUAAAGAUAGUCUAUCGUUGGCCAACAUUUGGAUCGGCAUUCUUCGAAGUUAAACAAGGGACUGAGCCUAAUUAUCCAGAACUAUUGCUCAUUGCUAUCAAUAAACACGGAGUGAGUUUGAUUCAUCCACAGACGAAGGACAUCCUGGUGACUCAUCCAUUCACAAGAAUCUCCAACUGGUCAUCAGGGAACACCUACUUUCACAUGACAAUCGGUAAUCUAGUGAGGGGCUCAAAACUCCUCUGCGAAACAUCCCUAGGUUACAAAAUGGAUGAUCUUCUCACCUCCUACAUAUCCCUAAUGCUCACAAACAUGAACAAACAGCGAACAAUAAGAAUACCCAAGCAAUAAUAAUCGCUCAUAACUCAAAAGACAAAUUGCACGUUAAAAUUUCACGAAAAUUUAAUUUUCGUCAAGAGUAUUGUAUAAUCUAGAUUUUUUUUAUACCUAGAUAUUGUAAAAUAGAAUUUAAUCAUUUGUUUUCGCACUGUUCUCUCGAAAUUAUAUAUAUUUUUUUGAAUGUUCACCAACACAAUUUUGUGCAAGUGGAAAAAGAUGAAUUAUCCAUUCCCCAUCCAUCAAAAAAUCCUCAAAAAAAAAAAAAAAAUUCAUCUCCCCCCCCCACCAUUCCACAAAAUUGUAAUUCAUGAAUGAAUGAGUGUAAAUAUUCUAACAACAAUCAUGAAAAAAAAAAUAUUCCUAUUUAUACAGAGUAGUUCUAUUUGAGAUUUAUAACGCGGAAAUCAUAUUUUACUCCCAAUAAUCUAUUUUUCAUAAAAAAAAAUCUUUCCCCAGUUUUUUUUUUCCAUUAGAUUCCCCUUAUUUUUCUCGUCUCGUGUGAACAUCUGAUGAAUUAACGUCUUCAGUCACAAUGAGAAUUAUUUAAUUGUGGGUAAAUUCCCACGUUUGAAUUA